CCUCUUCUAGCCAUUUGUUCUAAUGAACUCCCUAUUCUGAUGGCUUCUUCAGCAAGCCAACUCUUUCCCUUUCCCGUCAACCAGAAUCGCCCUUCCUCUCCUGUCUCUCUCGCCAAAUUCGGUACAGUGACCUUUCCCGGCCAUCGAGGCCCAUCAAAGCACUGGCGAGGGUUUAGCAUUGAAAUUUCAGCGCCGAGGGUUUCUCCUUCGAAUGAAGGCAUUGCAACAGGUGUGGAUGAUGAUGGCAUUUCUCUUGGAACCAUGAAGCUUCCCACGGAUACAGAUAUUACCCUAUUUGAGACCUUAUUGUUUCAGUGGGCUAAUAGUCUUUGCCAAGGAGCUAAUCUGCCUCUCCCUGUUCCUCUUAAGAUAGAUAAAGUGCAAGGGGGAGUUAGAUUGGGUUUUAUCAAAGUGGUGGAUGGGAAGACAGAGGUCUUCGUCUACAUCGACUGCCUGGUUUGCCCAGCGACUGAGGGAACCGGUCCAGUUUUCCGGGCCAUAAGAAACGGACCGGCCAAGGAAAAAAUUCCUCCAGGAGAGGAACGGAUUAUGAGAAGCCUUCUCCAAGCCCUACAGAAAUCCCUUGAAAUCGCGAGGGCUUAGCAUCUGUAAUGUUAACUUUCUUAAAUUUAUAAUUUUUGCUUCUAUUAUAAAGAUGCAUACUGCUUUACUGAAAGAAGUUUUUUUAUUUUUAAUUUCAAGUCUUGGAAUACUUUUUUUUCUUUUUUUCCCUUUUAUUAUCAAAAUACCUAUAAAGAGUCCUCAACUGUAAACGUUUUCAUUAGGUGUUCUGUUGAUUGCUAAAGUGUCAUUAAAUUUAA